AUGGAUCCGCUUAGCGGUGUUUCUAGUAUAUUCGCUGUCAUCUCACUUGCCAUCCAGCUAGGCAAAAAUGCUAUCGAGUUAAUAAAAUUUAUUGACUCCAUACACGAUGCCCCGGCAGAGAUAAUACGCUUGAACCAGGUCGUCCGCGGACUCCAAUCAAUUGACAACGAUGUUAGGAACGCACUCGAAUGCCAAAAGGAUUCAUAUGGUCAAAAUAAUGUUAACAUAUGCACCGCAUUAGAAAGAUGUCAAGCCAAUUUGAACUCGAUCAAGGGCAUCUUCCAUAUAGCGGAAAAAAUGAAGAAUGGGAAAACUUCCCUAGUACGAAAUUUCGCACAGGCCCGGCUCGCAUACAAGAAAGACGAGAUCGAGAGGUUUGAAAGGCAGCUUAACAAUUCAAUCACUGCCCUUCAUGUGCAUCUGUCUUUAAACUUGAUCAGGUCAUGGGUCCAGCAGGGAGCGACUGAAACCAGACUAAUCCCCCCAAGAAUGCCCAGGCUGUCGGAAAUCGCUAUUCACAAGACGUUGUUGAAAGGUAGUUGGUUCCAUAUAUACUACCAUAAGCUAAGCGGCAAAUAUAGAAGACAGUCCGUUCUACUUCAAGCGAGGAUUUGCAGAUCGUAUAUGAUUAUGGUGCACCUAUGGAGGCCCUUUCUUGGUAUGGGAUACUCAUUGCCCUUCAACCUAUCGAUACGAGGCCUAAUUCCCCCGGAUUCGGAAAUAUUAGAGGCAUGUAAAAAGGGGAACAGUUGCGAAGUUAGGCGACUCCUCAGUCUGGGGUCCACAAGACCGGAUGACGUGACACCAGACAAUCGAACACUUCUUAGUAUUGCGAUAGAAGAAGGCCAUGCCGAAAUUGUCCAUCUCCUUCUUAGAGAAGGUGCUGAUCCAAAUUCCCCUUUUGGGAGAUAUGAGAGGUCUCCAUUACAGCAUGGGAUCUUCUUCGGAAGGCUUGAUAUCAUUCGGACUCUCAUUUCACGAGGAGCUGACCCAGAUUACUGUUCGGCGCAAGGUUGGUCGCUACUUCAUUACUUGUUCGACAGGACCAAGUCUAUAACUAGUAUCGAGUGCUUCUCGAUCUUGGGGGGUGAUAUGAUAUUUGACGAUAUUAAAGACGGAAGGGGCUGGACUUCGCUGCACAGAUGCGCGGCGUUUGGCAACGCGGACGAUAUCAGAUUUCUCAAUCGUAUAGGGGCGUCCGCAUUCUCUGAUCGAUAUAUCACGAAUGACGGAUACAGUCCGAUCCACGUGGCGGCUGUAACAAACAAUGUGUCUACUCUGGAAGAACUCUUCGAAAUACGAAGAACACAGCUACCACCACAGAUACAAAAGAAAGGGAUCACUGAUAUCCUUGAUCUUGUCGAUACCAAAGGCUGGACUCCAUUACAUCUUGCCGCGUAUAGUGGCUCGGUGAGCACAUUGAAAUGGCUACUCUUGAAUGGCGCCAAUCCGCACUGCACGACGUAUCGCACUGCCGAUUGGUUUCCUGAAGGUCAUGAAGGAGAAGCCUUCGAAGUUGCAGACCUAGUAUUGCUAUCAAAGGGGAAUUGCCUCGAAGCUUUUAUCGAAACUUUAAGGAAGAUGGAGUACGACGUUACCACAGACGGAAAUGAUAUAUAUUGGCUAUCUGCGGAUCAAUCAACUUCGCAGGAGUCCUAAAUAAGGUUCCUCGCCCGACGUCAUUACUUCCUCACUUCUUAGGUCCGUUUCAUGAUUUGUAGGAAUAAUG